CCCUAUCAAAACAUCCCCCCGGGCCCUCGGCUAGGCAACAAUAAUAACAAAAACAAAAAAUGCGAGGAGUGGAGGUAAAGUGCGUAUAGGACCCUGUUCAAUGCAACGUAAGGCUGAACGUGAGAUGCAGGCAGCCCGGUAUUUACGGAUUUUAAGCUGUUUCAUUUUAAUUUCGCGCACGACUUUUAUUUGUUGAAGAAAAGAAGCCUUUUUUUGCUCCCCCUCCUUCACUGAAUGAUGCAUCUUCCCAGGUGAAUAAAAUUCGGUACUUAGUCGCGUCGUGCAAUUACAAGUCACCAUGAAAGUCGUCGAGGUGAUACAAGACCUCCCGCGUUUCGUCGCCUCCGGGGCCCUAAAGGUCCUCACCAUCAGCUACUCCGGCCCUUAUGCUUACCACACCGUCGAUCCGAUAGAGAGGGUCGCCGAGCUCAACAAUGCAACGCCGCGAGACGACAACCAGCUAAUAAAGGCGCUGGCACACUUUCGUUACCUCAAGAACCAGGAGCUCGAAUUUGUGGGCAAAGCGGCAGCUCUGUCCGCAGCAGCCGUCGUCGGCGUCUUCUCUUGGCCGACGGCCGAAAAGACAAUCUGGGUGGCCAAGAUGCUGUGGAACUGGAGCUUCUUCACCUCCUGCUUCGCCCUCAUCAGCUCGGCCCAGCAACGGCUUUUGCGACGGCUUCCCGGCCCCGAGGAUGAUGAUCUCGUCUUUCCCGACGAGCAAGUCCAGAUAGCCCUGAACCUGUUAUUGCAGCCCGUCGUCAGGCCACCCGGCGGCGGCAAGGAAAAGGGACGAAGGGUCAGCAGGAGGAUGCUGUACAUAUGGCAGAACCCUACCAUGCUCAUGAGCUACUCUUGGGUCAUGUUCAUCGCCGGGUAUGCGCUGCAUAUACUGACCCCUGUUUUUGACCCGAGUCAGGGGGAGGUCUCUUCCACUGUGGCCAUCGCUACAUUGUGCGGCUGCGCUCUUGUCGUUCUCAACUUUGCCUUCUGCGCAGGCGUCUGCCAGUUUCGCCUGCGGCCUGGCAAGACCCAUGGAGAUUCUGUUGACUCCUGGCUGCCGGGCGGUCAUGCCAGGCAUCCGGCUGCGUGACGACGACGCACUGCAUCAUUGGCUGCAACUUUCGGGAUAUAUGCAGCCGACAGCACACAACAGAAGCUCUAGGAACUGUCAUGCAGCCACUCGUGACUGGAUGUUCACCGCCAUGGUCUAUUGUCAGAUCUUCAACGAGGCUACACCUCUGCACUAGCCAGUCGAUCUCCAACCGGGACCAUUAACCAUGGACUAGGCUGUGGCCGGGACCUGGAUUAGCCAACUGCUUCGUUCAUAUUUUGUCCGAGGCAAAGGCUGUUCAAGCAGAGCAGACGUAGACUCUUCGGAGCAUAGCCCGAAAAUUGAGGCCGGUGCUGCGUCAUCAUCAGAACCGAUCCGCUGUUCAUUUAUUCAACAAUGCCAACCGUCGAGAGGAAACCGGGGACAAACAGGUACGACGAAACAACACGACUGAUAGCUAACCGCUAGUCAAUCAAAGGCGAAAUUCCCACUAGGGUUUUCUUUUUGCCAGAAAUUUCGAGGCUGGGUGGUUGUGAUCAAUGAGGAUAAUCUGAUAGAAGAAGUCGAAAGGCAACUGCGUCAAACGGAAUGAGCGAAUAUCAAAUUCGUAUUCGAGGGCCGCGUUAGAGGUUUGUAAAGACACUUGCUCUGCUGACAAUAAUACAUGACGGAGGACUUGAGGAGGUUAUCUGGAUGAGUUCAAAGUUGAUCAUUAAUUAAAUUAAUCCAACCAAUUCAUUUGUCGAGAACGG